AUGAAGAUCCGUAAUGCGUUGCCGCUUAACGUUCUAUUUCAAACACAGCCCAUCCCUCACCGAAACCUCUUUAAAACCCUCGGCGGAGGACUCGACAUCGCCGCCUAUGGCUCCACCAUUCAACACUGCACCAACCACCGCCUCGUCCGUCAAGGCAAACAGCUCCAUGCGCGCCUCUUCUCAUUCUCCAUCACACCCGACAAUUUCCUCGCCUCAAAGCUCAUCACCUUCUACGCCAAAUGUAACCUCACACCACAAGCACGCAACGUGUUCGACACAAUUCCUCGUAGAAACACAUUCUCCUGGAACGCCAUGCUCAUCGCUUACUCUUCCAAUUCCCUCUUCAACGACGCGGUUAACCUCUUUGCAUCGUUUGUUUCCUCCACGGUAACCUCAACAGGGGUAUCUCCCGAUAACUUCACCGUAACCUGCAUCUUGAAGGCACUACCUGCUUCUUCUUCUUCGUCGCAUAAAUCAGUAGAAGGGAUUCACAGUUUUGUUCUUCAACGCGGAUUCGACUCAGAUGUUUUCGUUCUCAACGCGUUGAUCACCUGUUAUUGCAGGUGCGGUAUGACUGAAAUGGCGAGGAAGGUGUUUGAUGAAAUGACGGAUAGAGAUAUUGUGACAUGGAACUCGAUGAUUGGUGGUUAUUCUCAGAGUGGAUUAUACCAAGAAUGCAAGAGAUUAUACUUGGAGAUGUUAGGCGAGGAAGGCAAAGGGAUUGUACCAAAUGCAGUUACUAUUGGUAGUGUGAUGCAGGCGUGUGGACAAUCGAAGGAUCUUUCAUUUGGAAUGAAAGUUCAUCGAUAUGUGAAGGAUAAUGGAAUUGAGACGGAUGUGUUGCUUCAUAAUGCUGUAGUUGCUAUGUAUGCAAAGUGUGGAUGUUUGGAUUAUGCUCGUGAGUUGUUUGAUGAAAUGAAUGAAAAGGAUGAGGUUAGUUAUGGGUCGAUUAUUUCUGGGUAUAUGAUUAAUGGGUUUGUAGAUAAGGCUUUGGAUGUUUUAAAGGGAAUGGAACACCCUGGAUUGAGUACUUGGAAUGCUGUGAUUUCGGGUAUGGUUCAGAAUAACCAGUUUGAAGGGACGUUGGAUUUGGUUAGAGAAAUGCAGGGAUUUGGUUUGAAAUUGAAGCCAAAUGCUGUUACACUAGCCAGCAUUCUUCCUUUGUUUUCGUAUUUCUCAAACCUUCGAGGGGUGAAAGAGGUACAUGGUUAUGCAGUCAGAAGAAGUUAUGACCAAAGUAUAUAUGUAGCAACUGCCAUUGUUGACACUUAUGCGAAAUUGGGGUCUAUUCACUUUGCAAGGCGGGUUUUUGAUCAAUCGCGGAGUAGGAGCUUGAUAAUUUGGACUGCUAUUAUAUCUGCUCAUGCUGCCCAUGGAGAUGCUAGUUUGGCACUUGGUCUGUUUGAUCAGAUGCUAGAUAGAGGAAUUCAGCCGGACCCCGUGACAUUAACUUCUGUGUUGACAGCCUGUGCUCAUUCCGGGCUGGUGCAUGAAGCUUGGAAUGUCUUCAAUGCCAUGCCUUCAAGAUGUGGGAUUCAACCUGUGGUGGAGCACUAUGCCUGCAUGGUUGGUGUUCUUAGUCGAGCUGGAAAGCUCUCGGAAGCGGCAAAGUUCAUUUCUGAGAUGCCAAUUGAGCCAACUGCUAAAGUUUGGGGUGCUCUGCUGCAUGGAGCUUCUAUCUAUGGUGACGUGGAAAUGGGGAAAUUUGUUUGUGAUCAUUUGCUUAAGAUUGAGCCUGAAAAUACAGGGAAUUACAUAAUUAUGGCAAAUUUGUAUUCACGUGCUGGGAGAUGGGGAGAAGCUAGUAUGAUUAGGGAAAUGAUUGAUGAAACUGGAUUGCAGAAAAUCAGGGGAAGUAGCUGGAUUGAAACGAGUGGAAGGUUACUAGAGUUUAUUGCCAAGGAUAUGUCAAAUGAAAUGUCUGAUGAGAUUUAUGCAUUGCUGGAAGGGUUGCUUGGUUUGAUGAGAGAAGAAGGAUAUAUCUUGCAGGAAGAGUUGGAUUAUGAGAUGUGA